AUGCAGCUGCCAAACAAAAUCAUUCGAGUUCCAACGUUUUUAUACGUCCCUAAUCUCCCCACUUAUGUGACCACAAUGCUGGAAAAUGAGGAGCAGAGUGAUAGUUCUGACAGUGAUAGUAUACAGCACAGUGUCUCAGAAACCAGUCAGAAGAAAAAGAAACGAAAGAAAAAUAUUAUCACUGCCAAUCUAUCUGCAACACGUUAUAAACUUGUUCACAAAGUUGUGGAGGAUUUAAAUUUUCAUAUAAUCAAUGAUGACACUGUACCCAGUUACCUUAUUUGGAAUGACACCUAUGUGUCAAAUGAAAAAGUGGCUGAACUUGAAUGCUAUCAAAGAAUUAAUCAUUUUCCAGGAAUGGCCAAAAUUACGAGGAAGGAUUGCUUGGCUCGGAAUUUUCAAAAAAUGCAGAAAGUAAACAGUGAAGAAUUUAAUUUCCAUCCCCUGACAUGGAUUAUGCCAAGUGAUUUUUCUGCCUUCUCCAAUCAUGUUAAGAAUCAGAAGGGAAAGAAAGAACAACAUUUUUUUAUUAUCAAACCUUCUAAUGGAGCGCAAGGAAACGGAAUCUACUUGUGCAAAUACCUGGAGAAAUCAGUUUUAGGGGAACACAGCAUUGUCCAGGAAUACAUUGACAAACCUCUGCUGAUUGAUGGCUUCAAAUUUGACCUUCGGCUUUAUGUUCUCAUCACCUCUUGUGACCCACUACGCAUAUUUGUCUUCAAGGAAGGCUUAGUCCGACUCAGUACGGAACAGUACUUUCCCCCUAAUGAUCAAAAUUUGAAUAAUCUAUUUAUGCACCUGACCAAUUAUUCCAUCAAUAAACGCCAUGAAUACUAUGAGAAAGGAAUGACACCUGAUUCAGGCAACAAACGAUCCAUUAAAUAUCUUAACAAAUAUCUGCGUUCCAAUGAAUAUAAUGUGUCGAAACUGUGGCAGCAGAUCUACGAUCUGAUUAUCAAAACAAUGAUUCUUGUAGAACCACACCUACUGCAUGCCUAUCGCAACUGUCGACCAGGUGCUUUGCCUGGUAGCCCAAGUGUAUGUUUUGAAAUUCUUGGUUUUGAUGUUAUCAUCGACCAGAAACUGAAACCUUGGCUUUUGGAGGUGAACAGAUCUCCUAGCCUUGGAACUGACCAGAAAAUAGAUUUGGAAGUCAAAUCAUCCUUAUUAGAAGAUGCACUUCAUCUUUUACAUAUAAAAGCUAGUGACAAGAAAAAGAACCGUGCUGUCCAGAAAGCUCAGUCCCAAAAACGAUUGUUACGUGGCAUCCAAAAAAUCAAUAAAUCAGCUUCAAAGGGGACAGACCCUGGAAAGAAUGACAGCAUGAAAAGAAAAGAAGAACUGUUGAAUUUGUUGGAUAAGUUUCGGCGAAAUGCAGCCCAAGAAGCCUUUGAAAAUGAGAACUGUGGUCAAUUUUACCGCAUUUUUCCUUCUGAUGACAAACUGAGACAACAGAAAUAUACAACAUGGAUGACUUAUGCAUUCCUCAUUUUUCAGAGUGAUGUGAAAAUCAGUGUCCCUAAAGAUAUAGACAAUAUUUACAACCACACUCUCCAGGAGGAUGAUAUAUUGAACUUACUGGCAGAAUAUGAAGAUGAUGAAUCCAGUGAUUCAAGUAGCAAAAAAAGGAACCCUACGCAAAGGUUAUUCAACCCCUACAUUCAACACAUUUUCUCCAGUCAUGACAUUGAAGAAGAGGAGAUCUCUGAAGAAGAGCAAAAGUUGAAAGCCACUCUCAUAUCAAAAAGAGGUUUCUUCACAGGAGGACCAAUGCAGAGGAACAACUACAGAAAAGUAGGCACCAAAAAUGAUAAACUGUUACAAAGGAAGCCCACUAAAAGUAUCACUCCAAAUCCAGCAAAGCCAGAUCUACUAAAUGCACGAUCACUUUCUGAGUCAAGAAUCAUGACUACAUCUCAUCAUAUCAAAAUGUCUUCAACUUCUUUCACAGAAGAGGAGUUAACUAAGAAAGCACUGCAGAGUUUAAAUGGAUUUCAAAUAAAAUAUCCUGACAAAAAUGACAGUGAAGUUGAACAGCUGUUAUCGAAGAUCUAUGAAAAUUGGAAGCUAUACAAGUCAAAUAUAGCUUCCUAUUGGCUGAUUAAACUUGAUUCAGUGAAACGAAAACAGAUAAUUGACAUUGUCAAGUCCAAUGUGUGUAUCUUGUUCCAAAAGAUCUGGAAAAUCCAUAAUAUUGAACAGACCAAACUGUAUCACCUUCUACAGAAAGUAUUCAACCGACUGCUGUGGAGUCAUGGCCAGGGUCUUUGGAAUUGUUUCUUUCUUCCAGGAUUUUUUCCAUUUUUCUUUUCUUUAGAUCAUGUCUUCAUUUCUCAUUUUUUCUUAUUUUUGUUCUUUUUUCUUUUCCCUUCACCUCCUCCUCCUCCUCUCACUUUUUCCUCCAUCUAUUCCUUCUUUUUGUUCCUUUUCUUUUUCUUUCUAUGUCUUUUGUCUUUGAUGCUUUUUCUUCUUUUUUCUUUCUUCCAUUCUUUUCUUUUCCAUUUACUUUCUUUUUAUUAUUCUGUUCCUUUUUUCUUUUCUUUUACUCAUUUUUUUACCAUUUAUUUACAUUUUUCUAUCCUUUUUAUUACUACUUUUUCCCUCUUUUUUUUUUCUUCAUCUUAUUUAUUCAUCAUCUUUUUUCUUCUUUCAUUUCAUCUAUUCCUUCUUUUCUUUCCUUUUCUUCUUUUUCCCCUUUAUUUUCUUAUUUUUCAUUUAAUUCUUUUUCUUUUUUUCAUCCUUUUUUUCUUCUCUUCUACAUUUUUUCACCAUCUGCAUCAAUUUUUUUCCUUUUCCUUCUCCCUUGUUUCUUUUUUCUUUUCCCAUCAUCUUAUUGCUUAUUUCUUUUUUCUUCCUCUUUUUCUUUUAUUUUUCUUCUGA